CCACUCAAUUUUUUCAGUCCGAGUAGGCAUGAUUUGGGAGCGGACUGAGCGGCGUUAAUACCCGGUGUCCACAGCCUACAGAGCUAGCUGCCUGGGUUGGAGGGGUUCGUCCUGAGGAAUUGAUUCGGUGAAAAGUAGUCUGUGGCAUAAACAAGAAACGAAAUGGGUAACAAGGUUGCUCGGGAAGAUUACGAAUGGGUGUAUACGGAUCAGCCCCACGCCGACCGGAGGAAAGAAAUUUUAGCAAAGUACCCAGAGAUCAAAUCUCUGAUGGGUCCUGACCCCCGUCUGAAAUGGAUCGUCUGCAUGAUGGUGGGCAUCCAGUUUCUGGCCUUCUACCUCGUGAAGGACCUGGACUGGAAGUGGGUGAUGUUCUGGACAUAUGCGUUCGGCAGCUGUAUCAACCACUCCAUGACGCUGGCCAUCCACGAGAUCUCCCACAACACGGCCUUCGGCAACAACCGGGCCAAGCUCAACCGCUGGUUCGCCAUGUUCGCCAACCUGCCCAUCGGCCUGCCCUACUCGGCCUCUUUCAAGCGCUACCACCUGGACCACCACCGCUACCUAGGAGGCGACGGGGUCGACGUGGACAUCCCGACAGAAUUCGAGGGCUGGUUCUUCAACACGCGUUUCCGCAAGUUCAUCUGGAUCAUCCUGCAGCCGCUCUUCUACGCCAUCCGCCCGCUCUGCAUCAACCCUAAGCCCAUCACGCAUCUGGAGCUGGCCAACACGGCCAUCCAGCUCGCCUUUAACAUCGCCCUCUACUGGCUGUGGGGGGCCAAGCCGGUGGUCUACAUGCUGGCGGGGUCCAUGUUGGGCAUGGGCCUGCACCCUAUCUCAGGUCACUUUAUCGCCGAACAUUACAUGUUCCUCAAGGGCCACGAGACAUACUCCUACUAUGGCUCACUCAACCUUCUCACCUUCAACGUUGGCUACCACAACGAACACCACGACUUCCCCAGUGUCCCAGGCCGCAGGUUGCCUAUGGUGAAGAAAAUUGCAGCCGAGUACUAUGAUGACCUUCCUCAGUACACGUCGUGGGUGAAGGUGCUGUAUGACUUCAUAAUGGAUGACAAGCUCAGUCCAUACUCACGCGUGAAGAGAAAGCUUAAGGGAGAUAUUAAACAGGAAUGAUUUUAUUUUUUAAACUACAUCAUUGUCUGUGUAUGCAUCUCCCUUCUGCCUCUUCCUUUCCCUGCCUUUUACAUAUUUACACUCUUUCAGUCAAGCCCCACCCUUGGGUAUCAUGUCAACACCAGCGUAACUUCUGAAUUCAUAGUUAAGAGUGUACACUUUGUAUAGUCCCCGCAAACCUACAAAUUACUACUGUCUAUACACUGGCAAAAAUAUCUUUCUAUUGCACAUCAAUGCUCUCUUGAGCUGUUGUGUUGUGAAAAUUAUUCCGCUAAUAGUUCAAGUGUAGGAUUUUGUUUAACUCUCUUGCUUUGGAAGAGAGUAUACUGUAUGUCUUAAGAUAUUUUGUGGAAAACAGGCCAAAAAUAAGUAACAGAAUAGAAAUUAUUUAUAACCCAUGUGUUAUUAAAACCUUUGUAUAUUUUUUUCUGAGCUCCAAUCAGAUUUUGACCAACAGAAAAUGAUCUUGUAAUUUUUAUCCAUUUGUGUUAUUACAGUCUGUUGUACAGUUCUAAAAAUGAAACUGUAGCUGGCAGAGCAGUUGCUUGAGUAGGUUACACUCCUGACCUCUGCAAACACACAAAGAAAGAAAGACUGUUUUGGUAGUGUGUGUAUGUAUAGUCAGCGGGCGGCCUUGCAAUCUGAAACGCGUUGCAUUGCAUAUCUCUCCUCUUAUUGGUUGCUUGUUGCACAUGCUGUCUUUACAAGAGUUGGUUUACGAGGUCACUCGUGUUUGAUGUACCUUGUAGCUUACCUGUAGUGCCUGUAGGACUCUUUUGUUGCUUCCUCCACCCUCUCAAUGGAUGCUGUGUAAGAGAAAACUGACGGAAAUGGGUGGAAUUGUGGAUAAGAUCCAUCCCGGAUCCUUCCCAGAUUACGCUGCUGCGUGUGAUCAGAUUGCAUAUUGGGAGUCUGAGUGUUUUACCACACCAGUAAAAUCAACACAAUGGGAGCGGUACCCAAAACUACCAAUACAAUGUGGUAGUUCAGUUGGUAUUUACUAAUAUACAGCAUGCUGUAUACUAUACCUACUGAGUACUUAAAGGUGGUUUAAAGAUGUGGCAGAUAUUUCCUAUGCUGUGUGUGGCUUGCGGUUGUGUGCCUGUCUGUUUGUGAUGAGAGAUUUGAAGAUAGCUGAAAGCAAAUCGUCCAUAUUUUUUUUUUAAUAUACUUUAAAGAUGCAUGUAGGUUAGGACCAUAUGUGGCCUUGUGGAAUGUUGUGCAGACAGUGUUGACUGAUCACCAACAUAUUUUGAGAUCACAUCUUGUAUGAAUUUGUCAUUUCACUGGAAAUGCGACAAUGCUUUAAAUAAAAAAAAAUCUUGAUGUAUUUCACAUAUAGGUUAGCCGUGUGUGCGUACAUGCGCGCGUAUGCGUGGAGCAACUAACAUCCCUCCCGCAGCUCUGAGGUCAAGAGAACCAAAACACCUCGUCACGUCUGUGAAAGAAUGUUGUUUGUGCGUCACUCUAGUUGCUCUCCCUUCUCCUCCUGUAAUUUAGCGUAUGCAGGCUCCCCUCUCGAUCUCAAAGACUGAUUAACUUUUUGUUCAGCCUUUCAAACUGUGUCCUUAACAUUAGCAAGGCAGCCAGUGGCUCUCCUGGCUCCCCUCUUAUUGCCCGCCCCUCAGGCCUCUUAAGACAUCCGUCUGCUCUCACUCUCCUCACUGUUCACCUAAAACAUUAAAAACUAUAACCUUUGCUUUAAUGAAUCGACACUUUGGAUCACGGAUCCUGGUGUAAAAUUGCUUCGGUUGCAUUUAUUGUAAUACAGACAAGGCCGGCCCUGUGUGUUGCACAACCAAAUCUUGGGCCUAGAAGAAUCUCUUUUGAUUCAGUUUUCUUUUUUCUUUUUGUCUGAAUGAGUGUAAUAAGGAUCCAGUGUUCAAGAUUCAAGGUUUUGUUUUUAGUAUUUAUUUUAUUUAAGGAAUUCUUGCUUAAAUACAGCACAUGGGCACAGCAGGCCCUUUUUUGCUUUUGAAAUGUGUCCUGCAGGUCACCCUGUUGUCCAUGCCCUCCCCCUUCCAUACCCCUUGUGAGAUGCAGUCAGAGGAGUGUCCUUUGUCAGUAUUAUAACAGCCUGGGAAGGUGUAUCCCCUCCUCUUCCUCCUAUCCCUCCUAAGCUGGAAGCACAUACAGUGUAGCCCCCCCUCUGACAUCUUGUGAUCUGACCUCAGUCAAUCAAUGUCAAAGUUCAAAGGUCAAAACAAGUCGGCUGUUCUGACAUGCACCCCAUGGAUGGUCACUGAGUCAGGUGAGAGCAGAUAGUGAUGAUAAGAAGUGCUUCCCAGAAGAACAGUGAUAAAAAAAAAAGUGUUUCCGAAGAAGUGAUAAUAUUUAUUGCUUGAAAGAGUUAAGAGCAGCUGUAACACUUCAUGACUGGGAAGUCUUUGAAUCUAUUGAGUUUGAAGCUUUGACACAUGGCUCACCUGUACUGGAUUCAAAUGCCUGAGUCAGUCUGGGCUGAUAUGCCGUUUUCAGUGAAAUUCACCUGAUCCUGUGGCCAACCCAAAUGAUGAUAGCCCGAAUGUUAGCUGCACUUGUGUGUGGAGACUUUUUUUGGGGGUUCCAUGUUUUAUGUAACAAAUGUUCUGCUCUGUUGCACCCUCAUGAUUUUAUUAAAGAAUUGAAAUAUA